AAGUGGGAAAAGUAAAAAGGUAUUAAAGGGAAUUCGAGGAAGAUUUGAGUGAGAAAAAAUGAAGAGAAACGAGGAAGAAGAAGAAGAGGAGGAGGAGUUCGAAGAAGAAGAGAUGAAUAGAGGUGGUAAGAGCGAAGUAAGGAAGACGUUGGGAGUUUUGAUAUGUUGUACCUUAGUGUACUACCACUGUGCCUACCGAAAUUCAAGUCUUCUUUCUUUACUCUCAGACGUUCUCAUCGUUCUCCUCUGUUCUCUCGCCAUUCUCGGCCUUCUCUUCCGCCAAAUGAACAUCUCGGUACCAGUGGACCCACUUGAAUGGCAGAUCUCUCAGGACACUGCUAAUAGCAUUGUUGUGUGGUUUGCUAAUACCGUAGGGGCAGCUGAGUCUGUUUUGAGGGUUGCUGCAACUGGGCAUGACAAGAGACUGUUCUUUAAGGUUGUUGUUUGUCUCUAUAUACUAUCAGCCCUGGGACGACUGGUCUCUGGUGUUACAGUUGCUUAUGCCGGAUUAUGCUUGUUCUGUCUUUACAUGUUUGCUGAGAACUCACGAUCCAUCAGCUCAUGUGUGUCUCGGUUUCUAAGGCGCAGAAAUAGCACUGCUGCAGAAGUAGACAACAUGUAGUUGCCAAUUUUGUUUGUACAGUCAAUUAAAUACAUUAUCUUCUACGACUUGUUACGGAGAAAUUUACGAAUAUUUUACCACAACAGUUAAAAACAAGAUAAAAAAUAACGUAGGACUAACCGAUAAAUAAUCAUCGUGUAUGCUUGCUGCUUCUACUUCUGUAACUCUGGUGAUUCUCUUGAAGUAAUGAGAAUUGAGGUUUGGAGAAUGAUCGAGGGUUCAUAAAACAUGUUAGAAUAAGACUAUAGUAGCCAAGUUCAGAAAAGUUGUAUGGCAAUAUGCAUAUGGGAACUUGCGGUAAGGUCAUUAGUGUUAAUUUUGAAAGUUUGUAAUUUACAGAGACAUACUGUUUCUUAACCCGUAAAACUAUGUAACUUCUCAAAUUGAUUUCAUGGAAGCAUUUAA